GUAUUUCGCUUUACUGUGAAGAAGGAACACCGUUAUUGUUAGCUGAUGAUACGGUAAUGAAAUGUCUACCGGAUAAAAAUUCGGAUAGGAGUAUGUCAUGUCCGGAAAAAUUUUGGUGUCAUAUUGGUGCUACAGAACAUUCGUGGUAUUGUUGUCCACGAAGUAGGAAAGGUUGA